GUACAGUAUGUCUGCCUGCAUCAUAUGUACAUAAACCAGCUACGUGAGUCAGAUUGACGCUUACUGAUCGAUGUACGGUACCGCGGUCUUUUCGAAUAUGUGUAUUGAAUUUUUUCCAAAUUACAUUUAAAACGCCAUUACUUUCAUCGAAUAAUUUCAUUUUUUUUAUUAUGCCACUUGGAAGUUUUGAACUUUUCAAGUAUACCGUUCAAAAGCUCGUUUGCUCACUUACAAAUAGAACCUAUAUAAUUUUACGAUAUUGUGAUCCAAAUAAGAGAAGGAGCCUCGCUUGUCAAGCUUGGUAUUUUGCUCUGAAGAAAUGUGUUUGUCGUGACCGCUCGUGCAUAAACGUCAGGUGUGCAGGUAUAUCUAUACGCAAACAUGAACGUUGCACAAAGCAGACGACUGCUCAACUAUUACAUGUAACAAAAUAAUAAAAAAAAAAGGAAACCGCUGUGUCUAGUGCAGCUGUGGUGUUUUUGCACUCAACAACUAGAGAAAUGGACUCUUCUGGACGAAAUAAGAAAAUAAUUGAAUAAUGCAACAUUCGCAUUGAGGGAUAAAUUCGUCGUACUGAUUAUACAUUUCUAAUAGUUAUACAAUUUCAAGGAUGGAUCGUUAUCGUUAUAGGAUUUAUUGUACAACUUCCACAUUACUAAGUACCUAAGUUAUUGUCUGUCAAAAAAGUGUUUUUUUAUAUGUGUGCGUCAAUUUUCCAAUUUUGUGACUACUGAAUAAAAGUUAUGAUCAUUACUAAAAGUUGUGCUAAAUCUGUAUUUGUCAAUUAACCAAACAUGGAAGACAUAGAAGAAAAUAUCAAGUGCGAAGGAUUUCUGUUUGUAAAUAAUUUUGACUCUGCCAAUCUUGCUAAGGUUGAAAAUGUUGAAAUUAAGGAUAAAAAAAUUUCUGACAAAUCUGAUAAAUCUGAAAAUGAUAAAAGUGACAUUUCUAAAACAGAAAUUAAAAAUGAAAACAAUAAAAAUGAAAAUAAUAAAGCAUUGAAGAAUUCUCUAGCGCAAGAACCUCCCAGUUAUGAAUUUAAUCUUUGGACAAAACAAGACUGCCAAGGAACUGAAUACCAAAAUAAUAAUAAAACAUGGUUUUACUUUGGUAUCAGGGCUGCUGAACCAGGUGUUGUUGUUAAACUGAAUUUAGUCAAUUUAAAUAAACAAGUUAAAAUGUUUAGUCAAGGAAUGUCACCGGUAUAUAAAGUUGUACCAGGACAUCCACAAUGGGAUCGAAUAAGAGAUAAACCUUUGUUUAUUGCGGAUGAUAAGAACAAUCAAUUUAUAUUAUCAUUUAACUUCCGUACACCUGAAAAUCGAAAUGCUGUUACUUAUUUUGCAUUCACGUAUCCAUUCUCUUACACCGAUCUUCAGACCUAUCUUAAAAAAAUAGAUACAAAAAUGACUAAACAAAGUACAAAAUUUCCAGACGAUAUUUAUUAUCAUAGAGAAUGUGCAAUAAAAUCUUUGGAAGGAAGGAGACUGGAUGUUUUGACAAUAAGUUCAUUCUAUAAUAUACUUCAAGAUAGAGAGGCCAAAAUAAAAGACUUAUUUCCAGAGGUUCAUGAAAAACGACCAUUUAAGUUCAGAGAUAAAAAGAUUAUUUUCAUGAGUGCAAGAGUACAUCCAGGAGAAACACCAUCUAGUUUUGUUUUAAAUGGUUUUAUACAAUUUUUGCUAAACCGUGAUGAUCAAAUUGCUAUCACACUGCGUAGACUCUACGUUUUCAAAUUCAUUCCAAUGUUAAACCCUGAUGGAGUGGCACAAGGAUAUUAUCGCAUGGACACAAGAGGAAUUAAUUUAAAUCGUUUAUAUCUUAAUCCCUCUAAAACUGAUCAUCCAACAAUAUAUGCUGCAAGAGCAUUGCUCAGAUAUUAUCAUAAUUCUUAUAAAUUAUUAGAUGACCAAGUUUUUGAAACAAAAAAAAGUAUUAGUACUAAUACAGUUAGUAUUCCUAACAUAACAAUUAACUCUUCAGUAUCUAGGGAAACAAAUAAAUUAUUACGGAAGGUUACUCAAAUGUCGGUUGAUGAAAAGAAUAAAUUCAUUGAGAAAGGUGGUCAAGUGCGCAACGCUCUAACCCAAGCUUCAGAAAAAUCUAGUGAGUUUUUCAUAAUUGUAUAUUUUCUGAAUAUCAAUUUUAAAAUCUUCAUAAAAAUCGUAAAUUUUUCAGCAGUUAAUCAGAAUAGUUUAGAAAAUGUGUCUGGAACUGAAACAGAGAGUAACAAAUCAACUCCACGAAGUGAAUCGGUUCAGUCAGGAUUAUUUUUGUACAUCGAUUUUCACGGCCACGCAUCGAAGAAAGGAAUUUUCAUAUACGGAAAUCAUUUUGAUGAUCCAGAAGAUGCCGCUGAAUGCAUGCUAUUUCCGAAAUUGAUGUCAAUCAACAAUUCAAACUUUCACUUUACUUCAUGUAAUUUUGCCGAAAAAAAUAUGUACUGUGUAGAUAAACGAGAUGGAAUGUCCAGAGAAGGCUCUGGACGUGUAGCCGUGUAUAAAUUAACUGGCUUAGUUCAUAGCUAUACUUUAGAGUGCAAUUAUAAUACUGGACGUUUAGUCAACACAGUUCCUGCCAGAAUCAAAGAAACUUCCAACAAGUUGCAAGGGCAAGUAUUUGUCCCUCCGAAGUAUAGUCCUGUGAUUUAUGAGGAGGUUGGAGCAGCGCUUGGUCCCUCUAUUCUGGAUUUGAAUGGAAGUAAUCCAAAUAGUCGAUUACCGAACAGUCAAUAUCGUUCUUUGAAAGCUUUAAAAACCUAUUUGAAGUUGAUAUCCACGAAUCAUUAUCAAACCCAGGGUAAACCUUUAAAUAAGAACGGUAGUUUCCAAAAUGGAACUUUUCAAGAAUUCGAAUUUACCGAUAUCGCGGCACUCGAAAAAUCAUUGUCGUCUCCUGCCUCUACUAACAAAUCCGAGCGCAAGGCAUCGAGACAGCAAAACUCGAAGGCGGGGAGAAAAAAAACGAAAAAAUCACGACAACUCGCGAAGAGCUCGGUGACCAACGGUAAUCCAGAUAAAAGCUCAAAAAAUAAAGUCAUCGUUUCCAAGAUCAUUUCGACACACGUUAAAUUGAGAAAUAAGCCCAUUUACGUGCGGAAGCAAACGUCUAAUUCGGCCGAAGUCGCGGGAAAGAAAGAGAAAAAAGUUAAAAGCGUCGCGAAGAAAAUAGUUGUGCAUCAGUUGAACAAGUUCAAAGCUCAUUCUAAUUCGUCGAGGGUACCGAAGAAGAACAAUCAUCAGAACCGAAAAUCAGCGGCUUCGUCUUUAGAAGGGAGCAAAACUAAAUUAGCAAUAGGCAAUAGUUCGCAAAGUGGAAAAGGCAAAAAUUCGGCUAAGUCUCAAGAAACGCGUAAAAAAAAAUUUAAGUCUUCGAAACGUUAAAGCAGAUACACGCGAUGAAGAAGAAGGUUUGACCAUUCUAUAUCAUACAAUGUAAUGUAGAAUUUCUAAAAUGUUGAGAUAAUUAUUUGAGAUAUUUAAAAUUAAAGUUGUAGCUUCAACUUUUUUAC